AAUUUCUUCGGUCAGGAGUUUUGGUUUGGACGCCAAAAGCGGCUGACACUGUUUACAAAAGUACACCUAUCGUGAAAAUAUCGUGAAAUGAACGGCCCCGCUUCAGACAGUAAUUCUGAUGACACAGACGAUGAAGUCGACGCAGAAGAAGAAGAUGUAUAUAGACGUAAAUAUCAGCUUUUGCUGGAAAGAUGUGAAGUUCUACAGCAGGACAACGAGCGUCUUGUUCACAGAGCUCAGCAGGUGAAGAAAUUGUUGCGAAGGAUACGAAGAGAGAGGAAAAUUUUAAUGGAACGCUUGGAUACUUAUGGUGACAAUUGGAGGAAUGUACCAAUAACAUUUGAACGUGAUGAGAUCGUGGCACAACAGCAACCUAUUAAACGUGAAAAAACAUCCACCCCUAAUGCGGGGGGAAAAGCUGGAGGAGCCCCAGGAAAGAAUCAGGGAACAGGUGAAAAAGGUCGGAAAGGGUCAAACAAUAACACAGCAGGAACACCAAAUACAGGCUCCACAACAAAACGAAAAACAACGAAAGGAGACAAACCCGAAAAAGAUCCGAAUGCACCAAAACGUCCUGCUAAUCCAUUCCUGCAGUUUUGUCAAGAGCAAAGGCCACUUGCUGUGACAGCGGCAGGCUUGGAAAGAGCGAGUGGAAAUAGUGAAGGUGAAACAUCUAAACAAGAAAUCACUAGGCAAUUAGCCAGCAAAUGGAAUACAUUAGCACCAGAAGAUAAAAAGGUUUAUUAUGAUAUGUAUGAAAAGUCUAAGGAAAAAUACGCCGAAGAAAUGAAAUUGUACAGUGCUAAUAAUAGAGCAAAGACUCCAAGUGACGAUAACCCAAGCUGAUGUUGAGUGUUAAUUAGGUCCACGUCUACUUCAACUCUGUGAUACUAAAACUUGUGUUCAUAGUAAAUUUACACUAAAGUACCAAAAAAUUAGUGGUUUGUUCUGAUUUGGAUAUUUGUAACUAGUGAAUUGAAUUGUGUUUCUGUUUAUUAGGUAAGUGUUUUUGAUGACUGUAAUCUCUGGUAACGAGUGAUUAGUUAACGUAUGUGAGGCAAGUAGGAAUCAAAUAUACGUAAUGAACAAAUUGUGUAGAUGUUACACAUAUCACAAA